UCCUCCUCUCUCCGGUGGUGGGACCUUUAGCUGCGCGUCACGCAGAAGCCUCCUUCAAGAUGGUGAAAAUGGGAGUGCUCGCCGACACUCUGAAGACCAUCUCCAACGCGGAGAAGCGCGGGAAGAGGCAGGUGCUGAUCCGGCCAUGCUCCAAGGUUGUGGUCAAGUUCCUGCAGGUUAUGCAGAAGAACGGCUACAUUGGGGAGUUCGAGAUCGUGGACGACCACCGCGCGGGGAAGAUCGUUGUAGAGCUGACCGGCCGUAUCAAUAAGUGCGGCGUCAUCUCCCCCCGGUUCGACAUGCCUCUCCAAGAUGUCGAGAAGUGGGUAAACAAUCUGCUUCCCGCACGUGGGUUCGGACACAUCGUCUUGACGACCACGUUCGGCAUCAUGGACCACGAGGAGGCGCGCCGCAAGCACACCGGUGGCAAGAUCCUCGGCUUCUUCUACUAACAACCUGUGGGCCGUAUUCCAGGACAGUGGGGGGCGUCACCGCUUCGGGCGGGAAAUUCACUGCUGCUGGCCUCAGGAUCGAUCGCGUGCAGUAUUUGGAGCGAUUGUUGAUGCAUACGUUUGCCGUUUUCAGCCUCUGCUUUUCUUUCUUUAGCUGAUGGGAAGUCAGUGCGUUGGUAAGGAACGGCGGCGGCGGCGGUUGGUUUUUGGCGCCCUUGUUGUUGCGACGACCUUGCGGGGGAAGGGAGGCUUACAACCACCAGCGCGUGGACCGGAGAAAAAAAAACGAAAAAAAAUUACACUGAUGAUUGCACGUCAUAUACCACCCAGAUGUACCAUACUUGGUACAAGGUGGCUGGCGUGAUUGUGCCAAUCACCCGGCGAAGGAUCAGAAUAUUCUCGCUCAAAUGACCGUCGUGUGGAAUGCGGUGCGGCACCACGGUACACACGGAACAACAGUUGGGACCUGCUGAGUGCCUUCGUUGCAGUCUUGGAAGCACCGGAAGCGCAUAUGGUGUGUGAUGUGUUACUCCAGUUUCCGACCCCCAGAUCCUACACUUUUUCUGGCGGGCGGACGAGCACGAGGAAAUGCGCCUUCGGACAAUGGGCCGUCUGCGUCUCAAAAUUUACUCCGGUUUUCAUCUGGCCGAACUUGCUGCAAAUCUUACCUAAUCGC